AUGAACCUACGAGAGAUUCGUUCAAAUCACGAUCUACUCAAUGCGCAGUUCGCCUCAAUGGACUGCAGCGAUAAUGCUCUUCAAGAGGUGCUCGGAGUGUUGUGGCACACUCCGAGCACCUUUCAAGGAACAUUAUCACUGCGGUCCGUUGAGGCGCACACCUUAGAAGGUCAGCUUCUUCUAAAGUACCAGUAUCGAUCUCUAGCAGCUGUACUGACGAAGAGAUCUAUCCCCGAGAGCACGCUGCUUCAAUACACGACACGCUGGGGUGCUUACACCUCUAACAUUAUGAGGAAAGCAGUUCUCACAACAACUGUGGGCCCUUGA